AGAACAGAACAGACCGCGCACCCCAUGUACGCGUGUGUGUAUAUAUACAUAUAUAAUUUCCGCUGGGAAAACCGUAGAAAUGCUAGUUGUAUUCUGGAGAGCUAAAUAUGGACGCGUAAGAACGGUGAAGUGAUUUGCAGUCGACCUUCGUGAGAAUCCAAAUUCCAGUCUCUUCGGCAAGGCAAUGGGAAAGGGCAAUAAGCCGGACCCUCCUAGCUUGCAAAAAUACGGCGUCCCUUUCUACUCUGCUGCUUGGGUACCCUUCAAAGAAGUCAGAUCCAAGCUUCAACCUCUGGAUCCUCAUAAAUCCGGCGAUAAAGAUGAAGAUUCAGGCAAGGAAACCUCACCUCCUGGAGCUCAGCAGGAGAUCGCCGAUCAAUAUUACCUCGUUUUUGCCGGAGGUGGCGGAGAAGGCCGCAGCGGCAUCCCUAACGCUAUCGUUCUCUCUCAUUUCGAUUUCGCCUCCAAUUCUCUCUCUGCCCAGCCUGCAGUUAAGCUUGGACUUGGUUCUGAUUUGCCUUAUAGAAUGGCUGUUCACCCAGGUGGAGAAGGACUGAUUUGUGCAUUGCCAAAAAGCUGUCGAUUUUUCAACUGGGAUGAAGCGAAGGACAAUGAUGCCCACAAAUUGGAUAUAAAAGAGUCAUUGAAGGUACUCACUCAACUAGAGGACAUCGGACAGCAGUUAGCAUUGGCCUUCAACAAUGACGGUUCUGUACUUGCUGUUGGUGGCGAGGAUGGCUAUUUAAGGGUUUUCAAGUGGCCCAGCAUGGAAAUCAUUCUCAAUGAGGCUGAAGCUCAUGCUUCUUUAAAGCAUUUAUGUUUCAGCCCUGAUGGCAAGUUUCUUGUUUCCUUGGGAAGUCGUGGUCCUGGAAGGGUUUGGAAUAUGACUUCUUCAACAGUAGUAGCUUCUUUAUCAAAGGACAAUGAUGAGGUUUUUGCCUCAUGCAGUUUUUCUCAAAGCAGUGAUAAGACUCAGGUUCUUUACAUUGCUGCAAUAACAGGCAAAGGUGGAAAUAUUCAGACAUGGGACACAAGCUCAUGGAAGAGAAUUGGUUCAAAGAAUAUAAGUCGUGAUUCAGUUUCUUCCUUCAGUGUCUCACCUGAUGGAAAGUUCCUAGCAAUGGGUACGGUUCAAGGAGACGUGCUGAUUAUAAAUUCAAUCAGCAUGCAGGUUCAAACAGUGGUUAGGAAAGCACACCUUGGCAUGGUAACAGCAUUGGCGUUCUCUCAUGAUUCAAGGGCUUUGGUGUCUGCGUCCAUGGACUCAAGUGCAAGGGUGACACCGGUUGAGGAGAUCAAAAGUGGAGGAUUAAGCUUGUGGAUCAUUUUAUUCGUAAUUUUACUUGCAAUUGUUGUGUAUUUCAUGAAGAAAGGACUUCUUCCUUUCCUUGGGUAGAAUUUACUUGGUUCACAAUCUUGUUAUGGCAUAAAAGCAAGAUAUUUUAACAUUGUAAAUGACAACUUGGAGGUUAUGUUUUGAAUGUAAGUCUUGUGGAUGAUAAA